AUGAAGACUGCCUACACUAACGCCUAUAGAUGCCUGGCCAAGGACCUAGACGUCUAUGCCAUGAACACGGACAUGACAAUGGACGGGCUUGGCAGCCUGCAUGGCGGGGUGGCCGUGGGCUCCAUGGUCCCUGACGUGGAGCUGAUGAGCGGCCACAGCCCGCACCACGGUCGCGGGAGCUCCUCGGGGGGACACGGGGCGGCGGCGGCAGCGGCGGCCACCCUGCGGAUACACCAGGACCUGGCCGCCGCCGCCGCGUCGUCCCGCUCCGCCAUGGUGUCCGGCAUGGCUACGAUACUGGACGGCAGCGGGGAAUAUCGGCCGGAGCUGUCCCUGCCGCUGCACCACGCCAUGAGCGUGCCCUGCGACACGUCGUCUCCCGGGAUGGGGAUGAGCGGCACCUACACCACCCUGACCCCGCUGCAGCCGCUGCCCCCCAUCUCCACCGUGUCGGACAAAUUCCACCACCAUCACCACCACCACCACCACCAGCGGCUCUCCGGUAACGUGAGCGGGAGCUUCACCCUGAUGCGGGACGAGCGGGGGCUGCCGGGCAUGAACAACCUCUACAGCCCCUACCACAAGGACCACAUGUCCGGGAUGGGUCAGAGCCUCUCUCCAGUGCUGGGCAACGGCCUGGGCUCCAUACACAACAACCAGCAGGGUCUCCACAAUUACGGCACCGCGACGCACGGGGGCCACGACAAGAUGCUGAACUUCGACGCGCACCACACCGCCUCCAUGCUGGCCAGAGGGGACCACCACCAGCACCGAGGCCUCGGUGGCCCGGCGGCCGGGAUGAUGCCGCACCUGAACGGCAUGCACCACCCGGGGCACCCGGCCGUGUCCUCGGCGGGCCACCACCCCCACGCCCACCUCCAGUCUCCAUCCCACGGGCCCGUGUUGGCUUCCACCAGGGAAAGACCGCCCUCCUCCUCGGGGAUUCAGGGGGUGAACAGCUCGGGGCAGCUAGAGGAAAUCAACACCAAGGAGGUUGCGCAGAGGAUCACGGCGGAGCUGAAGAGGUACAGCAUACCCCAGGCCAUCUUCGCCCAGAGGGUGCUUUGCCGCUCACAGGGGACCCUGUCAGACCUCCUGAGGAACCCCAAACCCUGGAGUAAACUAAAGUCAGGCCGGGAGACCUUCAGGAGGAUGUGGAAGUGGCUGCAGGAGCCCGAGUUUCAGAGGAUGUCGGCCCUCAGACUGGCAGCAUGCAAACGGAAGGAGCAGACACAGCGAAGGGACCGCAACAACACACCAAAGAAAUCGCGGCUGGUCUUCACUGACCUGCAGCGGCGCACCCUGCUGGCCAUCUUCAAGGAGAACAAGCGGCCGUCCAAGGAGAUGCAGCUCACCAUCUCGCAGCAGCUGGGCCUCGAACUCACCACCGUCAGCAACUUCUUCAUGAACGCCCGCCGCCGGAGCCUGGACAAAUGGACAGACGACGGAGGCAGCCCCGGCGCCCAAUCCUCGGCGUCCAGCACUUGUACCAAAGCGUGA